AUGACGUUGAAAAAGAUAACCCACUUCAAGAUGAGAAAGAUGACAUUGAAAAAGAUAACCCAGUUCAAGAUUUGCAAGAUGACAUUGAAAAAGAUAACCCAGUUCAAGAUUUGCAAGAUGACGUUGAAAAAGAUAACCCAGUUCAAGAUUUGCAAGAUGACAUUGAAAAAGAUAACCCAGUUCAAGAUUUGCAAGAUGACGUUGAAAAAGAUAACCCAGUUCAAGAUGAGCAAGAAGACAUUAAAAAAGAUAACCCAGUUCAAGAUUUGCAAGAUGACGUUGAAAAUGAUAAUCCAGUUCAAGAUGAGCAAGAGGACAUUGAAAAAGAUAACCCAGUUCAAGAUUUGCAAGAUGACUUUGAAAAAGAUAACCCAGUUAAAAAUGAGCAAGAUGACAUUGAAAAAGAUAACCCAGUUCAAGAUGAGCAAGAAGACAUUAAAAAAGAUAACCCAGUCCAAGAUUUGCAAGAUGACGUUGAAAAAGAUAACCCAGUUCAAGAUUUAUGACAUUGAAAAAGAUAACCCAGUUCAAGAUUUGCAAGAUGACGUUGAAAAAGAUAACCCAGUUCAAGAUUUGCAAGAUGACAUUGAAAAAGAUAACCCAGUUCAAGAUUUGCAAGAUGACGUUGAAAAAGAUAACCCAGUUCAAGAUUUGCAAGAAGACAUUAAAAAAGAUAACCCAGUUCAAGAUUUGCAAGAUGACGUUGAAAAAGAUAAUCCAGUUCAAGAUUUGCAAGAUGACAUUGAAAAAGAUAACCCAGUUCAAGAUUUGCAAGAUGACGUUGAAAAAGAUAACCCAGUUCAAGAUGAGCAAGAAGACAUUAAAAAAGAUAACCCAGUUCAAGAUUUGCAAGAUGACGUUGAAAAAGAUAAUCCAGUUCAAGAUGAGCAAGAGGACAUUGAAAAAGAUAACCCAGUUCAAGAUUUGCAAGAUGACUUUGAAAAAGAUAACCCAGUUAAAAAUGAGCAAGAUGACAUUGAAAAAGAUAACCCAGUUCAAGAUGAGCAAGAAGACAUUAAAAAAGAUAACCUAGUUCAAGAUUUGCAAGAUGACGUUGAAAAAGAUAAUCCAGUUCAAGAUGAGCAAGAGGACAUUGAAAAAGAUAACCCAGUUCAAGAUUUGCAAGAUGGUUUUAUAAAGAUAACCCAGUUCUAG